AUGCACGUUCUCGCCGAGCGUCUAACCAAGCUGUACUGUGUACCUGCCUGCCUACUCUACCCAGCGCCCUUCAAGCGUCUCCCCUCCUCUCGCAUAUCGACCUAUUCCUCCACCAUUGACCUGGAGGAAGCGAUGUCGCUUACUCCCUCCAACCCCAGGAUGAUGAGCCCUGCCAUGGGCGCCAUCAAGCUCAACCCUUCACCCUCGCCCUACCCCAAGAACACGGCUGUGCGCUCGCCCACAAAGACCAAUCGCACGGAAGCAAACCUCGCCCUCCGCCAGGUCAUUGGCACUACCACCUGUACUGCCAAUGCCUUUGACAGUCUGGCCGACGGCCGUUGCUUUGCCUACACAGCCGGCGCCGCCGCUGUCAUGGCCUCGAUAGCCCAAGACCACUCUGUCUCCCAGCGCUUCUACCGUGCUCGCCCGACUACCAAUCCUAUCAAUCCCUCGGCGUCCAUAUAUGGCGGCCCCUCCACACCCACCCAGAAUGAGAGCCGCAACCGGACCGUGGCCUCUUUAAGGGACACUGGCUUUGGUGUCUCGCCUGUCGCCUGUCCCGCCACCAAUGACUGGCCAGACUCGCCCAGUAGCAGGGCGUGGACUACCAAGGAGAAGAUCAAGUCAGCGACCUGUGUCAGCUUCAGUCCAGAUGGCAAGUUUCUUGCCGUGGGAGAAACUGGACACAAACCACGAGUCCUGAUCUUCUCCACCGCAGAAGAUGCGCCCUCCGACACGCCCUUGUCUUCACUCGCAGAUCAUACAUUUGGCGUCAACUGCGUUGCCUUCAGCCCAGACUCCCGCUACCUCGCCAGCCUAGGCUCUGCGAAUGAUGGCUUUCUCCAUGUGUGGAGCAUCAACUCGCGCACGGGUGCAGCAACACUGUUUGCAAGCAACAAAUGCGUCAGCCACAUCAACCGAAUGGCAUGGAUGGGAACAAAGUUGAUCACUGUGGGCACCCGCCAUGUCAAAGUCUGGAGGCUGGAAGAGCAAGCUGGCUCGGUACGCAUGAAGCCGCGCCAGAGCGACAUGUCCUUCUUGUCGAGCGCCAUGCACAAGACGCUGCCUGGCCGAAACUGUAUCCUAGAGGGUCUGAAGGAUGCUACCUUUACAAGUGUCGUGGCCAUUGCAACAAAUCGGGCCAUUGUAGCUUCAGACAGGGGCGAGAUAUGUUUACUCGACGAUUCAGGAUCAGAGUGUCGCUUUUCCAAGCUGACGGACGCUGGGUUUCCUGUCAGCUCCAUGGCGGUCGAUUUCAAGGGUCGCCUUCAUAUUGGUGGUAAUCAGGGUGGACUGAAGACUUUGUUCAUUGAUGAUAUCUUCAAGGUCAUGACUCCCCCGCCGUCUCCCCCACCUCGCAUGGAUUCUCCGAUUGUAACAGCGAUUGGCACCAACCAGAUUGGAGCAGUAGGAUGUCUGAACGAUUACGUCAUCACCGUCGACUCACAGCGUGCGAUUCGUUUAUCCCAUCUAUGUGCGGCGGAUGACGAGGCUGUGGUCGGUGAUAUGCUACACAUGUUGCCGGCCCACGGCGACGCUGUUCUCGGUGUGAACGCUGGGCUUUCGCAGUCGAACAUCCUCAACGCAUCAUAUUACACUUGGGCUGCUGAUGGCACCAUCAUCUUCUGGAGCGAGGGCACGUCCACCGGAUCGUUGCAAGUACCCCUUGAACAACUGGAAGGACCAGAGGCCGUUGUUAACGAGCUGAGAACUGCGCGCGUCCUUUCUGAUGGCAGCUUUCUCGUCACAGGGGACAAAUAUGGCGUGUUGAGAAUUAUCAACUGCGAGACGAAUUGCAGUGCUUACGACUUCAAAGCCCACGCAAAUGAGAUUACAAGCAUUGCCAUCCAUGAACAAGAUGAUUGUGUGCUCCUAGCAUGUGCUGGUCGCGAUCGUAUGGUGCAGGUCUUCAUACGCACGAACGAGACUUGGGACCUGAUGCAGACACUCGACGAGCAUGUCGGCGCAGUCAACGGAAUCUCGUUCUCCAGGAAUGGAGCACGCUUGGUUUCCUCAUCGAGUGAUCGUACUCUGGUUGUGCGUGAAUUGAUAACUCGCGUGCAACAUGAUCAAACCUUAUAUGCCUUUGUCAUGCUACGCGCCAUCAUAUUGAAAUCGUCUCCAGUUUCCAUGGCAUGGGAUGCUGACAAUGAUGAUGCCCUGCUUGUCUCGACCAUUGAUCGUCAGGUGCACAAGUUUGACACACGCAACGGGCAAUGCAUGAGCAACUUCAAGGCCUGUGAUACAGAUGGAGGCGACGCCGUUGUCCUAUCUUCCCUCAUUCCUAUUCCUCGUGGAUGGGGCACCCCGCUAAUAGCUGGAGUGUCAAGCACAGAUAAGUCUAUUAGAGUAUACGAUGACAAUGGCUCGCUGGUCGCUCGCGAUUGGGGACACACGGAAGGUGUCUCUGAUAUUGCCCUCGUGCAGGCAAGUACUGCUACAGAGGGUGAGCCGACUGAAAAGUCCAUUGUGACUGUCGCGGUCGACGGAACCAUCUUUGUAUGGGGUCUGGCACUGCAACCGCCAACCAGGCACGAUCUUUCAAAAUCCAUGGACCUACUCACUCCAAGCACGCCUGCUAAUCCAGACUUGCUGGCCACUAAACCACCCCUGAGACGUGUAUUCUCACAGUCAGAACUGGCACGAUUUCAGCGCUCGCCCGAGGAAGGACAAACCACACCGACAGGGAGCAGGUCACCAAAGUUACGAAAGAAGAUUUCCAAAUUCGCACUUGCUCCGACACCUAAGCUCGACCCUUCGCCCCUGCAAAGCAAUUCGAGGGAAAGCCGGGCCAGUAAUUGGCAGGGGUAUGCAACGGUUCGCAGGAAUAAGAACCGUUCACCCUCACCGCCGAGCCCACGCCAUCCUCCGCUUACAAAGCGGCGAGCCUCGAUGGACGUGCGUGUUCGUGGCAAGGCACCCACGAAUGACUUUGGCAGCAUCGGAUCCGCAACCGAUAGUCUGUGCAGGACUCUCCGCGCCUAUCGCAAACGUCUCGCAAACAGCAGCGACGCCAUGAGCUCCGAGCACGCACGAGAAGUCGAGAGAGAGCUUGCGGCCACGGCCCGAGCCGUGGGCGAACGCGUAAAGUCCAAGGAAUUCGACGAGACGGUCAUGGUCAAGCUGCUGGACCAGUACUCUGAGCGGCUCGUCAAUCUACUAGACGAAAAGAUAGCCGCCAGCGUGGCCCAACGCGUCCGCGAGACCAGCGUCUUCUCCGAUGGCGCCGAUUCUCCCGUCCUCGAUCAGCGGCCGGCCAUUAGCAGGGCGAAUAGCGCGUCUCCAGAUCGCCUUCGUACAGAGAGUCCCGCGAGCGACGAGCCACUCGUGCACACGACGGAGAAGGUCGCAGUAGAGUGA